GCAAACAGCGAAUGUCCUCGAUAAUGCUUCCAACUGGCAGGCGCUCGGCACCCGCCUCCUCUUCCUCAACCCCCCACGCUCGAUCUCCUCUCGAUUCUCAACAAAGUAAAAUAAAACUGGGAUUCUUUCAUUCAGGACUGAUAUACGCAAUUCAUAACGUGGGUGUCUUCAGCAUAACCUCUCGAAUAUCAUAACCUACGGGGUGGUAGUGAAACUGCAAAGGAAUUCGGUGAUUUCUCCAGUUGUUGAAAAGUCUAGCAUGGCUGUGGAAACGUCAACAAACAGGGCUCAUUCUGGCAAGAAGAAGCUGGGGAAAGUUCCUAAGAGAAUUUCCAAGGCUGAGAGAGAGAAAACAAAGCGUGAACAUUUGAAUGAACUCUUUCUUGCUUUAUCUAAUGCUUUAGAAUUAUCUGAGCAAAACAAUGGUAAGGCCUCUCUAUUGGAUGAGGCAAUUCAUGUGGUGAAGAACACGCUAGAUGAGAUCGACAGUCUCAGAAAAGAAAAUGCAGCUUUGUUAUCUGGAUCCCAGUAUGUAAGCAUGGAGAAAAAGGAGCUCCAAGAUGAGAAUUCUGCUCUGGAAGCUCAAAUUGGUAAACUGCAAUGUGCACUCAAGGGGAGGGUUUCUGGUUCGCAACUCAACCUAAAUGUAGCCCCACCUGAAUGUGAGCUUCAAGAUCUGGAGUCACUUGGUGAUGAUCAUCAUCAUAGAUUGGCUUGUAUGGAACCGGCUGCUAAUCCUUUAUAUCUUGUCCCCAUCUGCUAUCAAGAGCUUGCUACGACAGAACUUGCAGGUAAGCCCAUGCCGGUUGUGAGCAAACCCCAUCCUAGAUAUCUUACUGCAGCAGACACGUGGUCGUCCGAUUUCUUGAAAACCAAUCAAAGUUAGGUGUGGAAUUUGGAUAAGGUGAUAGAAAUACAGGUGGAUGUGCAGGAGGAAGGCUAUGGCAAUGGAAACUAUGUGAUCUACAGUUUUAGUCUGCUAAAAAACUCAUCUUCGAUCUUCUAUCACCUUUCAGUACAUAAACUUGGAUAAUUUUCCUAAUGUGGGGAAUAGACACGAUAAAUUUUGCCAUAAUUUUAAGAAUGAUUUUAAAUCUUGCGAAAAUUGUAUAGUUUGUCAUGACAUUACUUGAAUAGCAAGUUAGUUUCCAACUAGGAGGAAGUAGCUGGUGACAAAAGUAACUAAACUUUUGUUAAGUCGAUAUGUGAUCCCCGUGAAAACAUAUCUCACUUCAAGGUUCUAGACGUUGGUUCAAGUUGUGAAGCUAUCUAAUUUAAUAAAGUUGAACAUUUGAGGUCACAUAAUAUGACAAUU